AUUUAGGUGACUGUGCGGCGCUGUGCCCCUGACAACACAGCGGUUUCCGUUAGAAGGAAAUGAUGGAGAAGGAAAGUUUCUGACGCCUCUCCGUUGUGUUGGGACUGCCCGCAGGAAAACUGAAUAUCACUCCUCGCUAUGCGCUGUUUGCUCGUCCUCGGCAUAACGCACAGAUACUGUAAAUCUGAACAAUCUGUAUGGAUUUGGGAUGAAUAAGGUCUCCGACACUGAAAUGUCUCAGGAUUGGAAAUGCAGCUCCACGCCUGCCUGUUGCUUUUUAUUAUCACAACAGAUAAAAUAUUGGCCUUGUCACCCCUCCACUGUGGCGGGAAUGUCAGCCUGGACACAGAGCCUGCAGAUCACAUCAAUCUCACUCUACCUGGACUUUCUACUUUUGACACCAGCAACAGACUCAACCCCAUGAACAGUCAGUCCGACAAAACCCUACCGGUUUCAAUUUGCACUUGGACGAUAGGUAUUCCCAGGGGUCGGACGGUACUUAUAAAGUUAGCAUGGUUGGAAAGUGGUUCGGGUGUAACAGUGCGCUGUGUUUGGAAAGAAGAAGGUCCGGUCUUGGAGAGUGGGGGGACGGCUCUGCUGUCAGGCUGUGAUGGAAACAAAGCCACCUUGACUUGGACAGGAGCAGGACGAUCCUCAAAUCCAAUUCAGUUGUCCUAUUAUGUCCAGGAAGAUGAGAGGAAUUCCUCGGAGGACCACACCAGCCCACACUCAGGCCGAGACUUCUUGCGAUGGUCUCAGACAGGAACCAGCUUUACAAGCACAGCUCCUGUUGGUCAGGAGGUGGUAAGAGGGACAGAGGGGAGCAGAGGUCGCCUCCACGAAGGUCUGGAGGGGAGCUCUGAGGCUCAGUCUGUGUCUAGCCCCUCCUCUGAGGACCAGGGGCUGCUGCACCCCACCUCACCCCUGCAGGGACUCGCUGUGGCUGGGAGAGCCGAUAGGGAAACUCUCCCUCUUCCUGAGGAAGGACAAAACAAUGGAGCGGAUACAUCUGGAGCUGCUCACCUCGCUGAUGGUAAAAUGCCUGCCAGAGGGAGAACACACCCCUAUUUUCAGCAUACACUCAGUACAGAUACACCGUUUCACACAGCAAACAGAGGAACAAACUCAAGCAACGAGCCCCCUCACACCCAGAUGGCACUGACACACAAAACAGACAGGAGCAACAACACCUCGCAUGGCACAGAUAUACACAAAUAUACAGACACUCAGAAGUCUAUAAUAUCUAUAACCACAGAAGCUCAUCCCACUGUGUCCAGCUCCCGCCUCCCAUUUCUCACCAGCUCUCCCCCUGAGCUACCUUCCCAGACAACCUGGGAGAGUGGAACCAUCCCAGUCCCACAUGAUGGAGCUGUUAGCAGGACACCUGGAGAAAAACCACCCCAUUCCUGGAGGAGCCAGCGAAGCACAGACAGACUUCACUCUGAUCUGACCUCCGCUGUCACCUCUGAUCUUUUAAAAUCGCCCACUGAACCUCAGCAGGAUGACUCGAGCAGUGCGCACACUGAUACUGAACCCACUGCGUCAUCCUCACAGGGCCCCAGUGGAAGUCAAUCAUCCUCCGCCCACCUCACAGGGCUUGACACCGCUGUUGGUACUGUGGAGGCUGCUUCAUCUCAUCCAAACAUUAGUCGAGCUGACUCCUCUGUAUCAGCAGCAUCAGACGUUACCAGCCAGACUGCUGCGUUUGAGUCCUCUGAUAAAUUUGAAAACAUGGAGAUGCUUCACACUUUCACUCCUUCCACACAGACACAAACAAACUCUCCACAAAGCACAGAGAGCCUCCCACCUCCUCACACAUCCUCCCCACUCACACAGACAAACAAGGAUGAGAUGCAAACAACAAUAACCCAAAGUACACACAGGCAUUUUGUUAAUGCAUACACGACUACUGAAACUAUCUCCUCCUCGCCUGACGUUACCAAAGUUGAUGACCAGACUUCAAGUUUCACCGGUCCUUCCUCUACACCCACAGCAGCAGUGACUUUGGGAGAUGUAGUCCAGAACUCAGCUGCCACAGGAACCACCACUGACACUGGAUCAUACACACUGCGUCCCACUUACACAUUCUUGCAUGACAACUCACCCACAGAUUCACCAACUCCUGCUCAUCUUUCAUCCUCCAGUACACCCAUACACUCAUCCACGACUUCAUACACACUCCAAGCACACACUACAGUUCCUGGUAGUUCACACGUCACUCACACACCCCUGUUUUUGUCCUCUACUAGCACUGAUUCCGCUGCACACACACCCCUCAUUGACCCCGAAACAACACCUAUACCCACACAGACGUCAACAGUCAAAUCACACACACCUCACACACACAGCCACCUGCCUCUGCCAUCCUCUACUAAAGUCCCAGUUAUACAUAAACAGCCCCACAGCUAUUUUACUACAACACAGACUUCUCUGCUCUCACUCACAACUUCAAAGUCAAAUCGUGGUUAUGGAGAUAAAGAUGUAGAAGUAGAGAAAGAGGAUGAGUCUUGGCAGCGGUUUCUCAGCAGCACAACCAAACAAACUCCCACAGCUGGAGCCCCAUCCCGGACAACCCCACAUCCCACCACCCAGGACAAACAUUUGACACUCACACCUUCUGUUUCAACCUUUGUACCCACUUGGACGUCCACGACUCAGACUCCCAAGUUCUACAUUGUGUCGGACCAGCCUGCAGCCAUCAGAGUGGAGUCGAUUGAGCUGCUGCUGCAGAUCAUUGUAGAAGAAUCCAGACCGGCUUUUACUUCUGGUUUGGAGGAAGACACCGCUUCCUGGUUGGAGCCAUACCUUCAGAGAGCCCCGGGGUUCAGCAGGUUGCAGGGAGUCUGGAGCAGCGGCCAUGCAGUGCAGAAUCUGCUGGAGUUUAAGACCAGUGGGGCUCUGCAGUGGCUCGGCAUGACUGGACCCACAUCACUGUUGGAACGAACAGGACUAGCUCAGGCUGUGAGUGAGGGCAGAAGCUUCAGAUCCUCCAAGAUCACCAACAUCACACUGGGAGGUCUGCAGGGCGAUGUGUGUGACUGGUUACUGCAGUGUCCAGGAGGCUACAAGUGUGUGUUCCAGCCUGGUUCGUCUAACUACAGCUGCUCUUCUGUCUGCCACUUUGAUUACUGUCACCACCACGGCAUCUGUACUCACCACCCGAGUCAACUUCCAGUUUGCCGUUGCCUUGUAGGAGAGGACUUCUGGUACAUGGGCCAGAGGUGUGACAUGAAGAUGACUCGAGCACGGCUCGUGGGUGCAUGUCUUGCCAUCUUACUCGUCAUGGUGACAGUGAUCGGCGUCUUGGCCCUUGUGGCAGUGCGACGAUACCGAGCCAUUCUGAUCCAGGCCAAAGUAGAUCAGACUAGGAGCAGCUAUCGCAGGUUCAACCAUUUUGAUGAGCUGUCAGGACGGUUCUGGUUGCGUUCGUGGGCAGGGUCAGCAGACUCGCUGGAUAAUCCUGCCUUUACACGCUCCGAUGAGUUACUGCACCUGCGGGCGCUCGACCGCCCUUGCUGUUACCACGACGACACGCUGUCGCUGGCCUCCACCUGCCCCAGCCAUGGAACACGCAUCAAUACAAUCUACCCCCACAGCUCUCAGUAUGGUUGGAGGGGAAGUGAGAUGAGUAUGGGGGACGGCGUGUUGGACUCGGGUAAGGCCAGUGACCUCUCUGUCUGUAGCUGGCCUGUGGAACCCAUUCACUGGACUCCCUUCCCACUUCUGCAGCAACUGGCUUCCCACAGGACACCCCCAGUGAGGGUGACAAGGCCGCGCUCCUACUGUGAAGGCAUGGAGCUGGUGGACAUGGGGAAGAGCUGGACUGCUUGACACAGUCAAGCUGUGGAGAGGAAUCAAAUCUGUUCUGACACUGGUAUUUGCAGCUUGUGCUUUCAUUGUAGGCCUUGCUUGUUCUGUUGAUAAAAAACUGUAAAACAAUAAUUGUAAAUGUGUGUGUGUGUGUAUAUAAGUGUAUAUUUCGUGUUAAAGUGUUGCUACAUUUUCCAGUUUGAACCUGCAGUCUGUUUCUUAUAUGCUCACUGGAUGGAUAAACUGUAAAGAUGAAAAAACAAAGAGGAUGUCUAAACGUCUGUGGCGCAGAGUCAUAUAUAUAACUUUAAUAAACAGCACUUUUACUCAGG